UACUUAAAAGCUUUUGGAUUUGGUGGGUCUCGAGCAGAUUCGUCUUGCACGCAGAUUGAGAAUGAAGUGCCUGAUUGUGUUCUUUGCAAUUGUCGUUGUCCUGGCUUCCCAGGCCACAGCCGGAAAUGUGAUCAUCGGCGGAGUAUGCCGGGAUUGCAGUCCGCCGGUGGCGGACAACGUGGUGGUCGGUGGCCAAACCUACAAGACGGGCAGGCCGAGCCAGAGAACAGUCUAUAUUAAUUCCCCUGACGCUUAUCCAGGAGCUCUGGGCGCUCCAUUCCGGCGACCUGCAGCUGGCGGCGGACGAGGCGGUGGCAUCCAGUAUCCGGAUGGCUUUAGUGGUCGCCUGCCUGGUGGCACUUACCUUCACAAUAGGGAUUGCGUGGGCUGCAGCAUCAACGUGGGCGGGGAUUAAUCCAAUUAGAACGUGUUUAGAACAUAAAAUACCUCGCAUUUUCUGGCAUAAAUUCUCAAUAAAUAUUAAAUAAAUAAAUGAUUAAUAAAUUCUUAAAGGAUAACCUUUUGUUAGUAAACUUA